AAAAUUCGAACAUUGAUGGACUAUUCGUGAUCUCUUCUUCUGGCAAAUUAAUCUCUCAGAGGGUUUCUCUUUCUUUCUCUCUGAACAUGGACGAAGAUUUGCUUAAGCGAAACACCGAUUGCGUCUAUUUUUUGGCUUCCCCCCUCACUUGCAAGAAGGGGGUUGAUUGUGAGUAUCGGCAUAAUGAAAUUGCGAGGCUAAACCCAAGGGAUUGCUGGUACUGGUUAUCUGGGAACUGCCUUAAUCCAACAUGUGCUUUUAGACAUCCUCCAUUGGAAGGGCAUACUGGAGUGCCAUCUGAGCCUACACAAUCUUCUUUACCUGCAAACAAGACAGUUCCCUGUUAUUUUUUCUUCAAUGGAUUUUGCAAUAAAGGUGACAGAUGUUCAUUUUUGCAUGGGCCUGAUUAUAGCUCUUUUCCCGGUAAGGCUGGGAAGAACGACUGUGGAAGUAAUGAUGCCCUGCCUUCAGAAAAUAAAACGUCAUCUGGAAAUAAAGCAGGUGUAGCAAUGACAACUGAGACAUGUCCUGAUCCAUCUGAAAUUGCCCCAAAGGCUCUGCAUAAUUGUAAAAUUGAACCUGUAGAAGAUCCUCAGCGAUCAAUACUAAAAAAUCUUAAACAGCAAAAUACUUCACCAGAGAUAUCUGCUUAUGAAUAUAAAGAAGCCACUGUUAUAAGGCCUGACCCUGUAUAUCCAGAUAAGGACUUUAUACAUGGCAUUUCCCAUAUGUGCACUGAUCAGAGUCCGGAUGAGCGAGUGCAUAAUCACAUGGAACCUGAGGAACGAUUGGAAUCGCCCCCUGGAUUUGAUGUUCUUGUUGAUGAUGAAAUGGAGAGCCCUACCUAUGGGGAUGAUUCUGAAUAUUUACCAGUCGACAGAGAAUACCAGGAAUUGAAUGGGCAGUACCUGCAGUAUGAAUUUAAGGACACUGUUGAGUAUGAUCCCGAAUGCUCUGAAGCUGAAGCUGAUAUUUUGUAUGAAGAGAUGCAUGGUGGUUACAGAUUUAUGGAUGGUGAUCAUAUUCUUGCUGAUGACAGAAGAGUUCCUGCUUUUUCCAGAGAGAGAAUCAUAGACUCUAUAUUGUCCAGGAAGAGGAUUCGGAUGCCAGCUGAAAUGACUGCUUGUAACAGAAACUUAGAUCUACGAGACCAUCUGAGGAGACGAAGGGAAAUUAAUGGUGGACCUGUUACAGGCUUUUUAAGAAGACGUGAAUCAUCUUGUAUGGUUAUUCAGAACCGAGAAAGGCUAAGAAGACAUGGUAGUUUUGAUCAGAGGCUUAGUAGAAGAUUGACGUCUGCGGUGGGAUUUAACACUAUAGCCUCAAAUGGAGAGGAUGAAACUCGUUCAAUUUCUAAUAGGCACAGGUUAUUUAGGCACCCUCUGCAACAUUCAUCAAGGAAACCGCAGCAUUAUAGAGAGAACCGGGGUAAACGGCAGUUUGUUCCGUCUAAAAUCUUCAGGAAUCCAUUUUCAAAGCAAAGGCGAUAUACGGCAUCUACUGACAUCAGAUUUCACGGACCAAAGAGUCUAGCAGAAAUCAAAGAGGAGAAGGCGACAGCUGCAGAAAGAGGGCAUUUCAAUAGUACUUCAACUGACUUCCAGGAUCCCAAACCUCUAAGUGAAAUCCUCAAGGACAAAAAGAGGUUGGAUUGUGGGUGAUAUGGUAAUCCCUUUAUCAACUGCUUACCGAGAUUAUGAUUAAUGAUUUUUAGAGACUAGUAUUUUAGCAGAAAUUGCUUUGUAAGGACCCUGUGAUAAUCCAGGGAGUUGAAGGAAGAUAGUGUAGGGUUCAUGGUGGAGUUUACCAGUGCUUGGCUCUUCCCCCCCCCCCCCCCGGGGUAAAACCUAGUUGCAUAUUUAAAUUGGAGCAGGAAUCUCAAGCCGAGAUUGGGUUACUACUGAUUGACAUGUUGUUUUGUGAACUGAGCCUUCUUGGUAUUUCUUGUACAGGUCUGCUUAUAAAUUGGCUUCUUGAUGGAUGCUUUUGUACCGUAGCUCUCUAUGAGUGCAACUAGCGUUUACUUGGC